CAUUGAUAUAAGUAGAGUAUAUAGAGGAACAACUUCAUUGAUCCACUAUUAUUACACGAACCAAAGUGCUAUUACCCCCAAACAUUAAUUUCCAUUCUCUCCACCUCUGCUACCUGCAUCCGUCAUGAGUUUCAAGAUAAAAGGACACCCGCAUCGUGUAUCCCUCGUUAAGAAUCAUGAUGGUUUGGAAUGUGAUGCUUGCGAUCAAUCCUAUGGUGAUGCCUACUCAUGCGGUGAAUGCAAGUUUACUGUUCAUAAGAAAUGUACGUUUUUGUUCGAAGUCGUGCCAGAGAUAUUCGAACAUCCUUCUCAUGUUGGUCAUUGUCUUAAACUUCUCACAACUGGAGCUCCAGAUCAUACCGUACCCAAAUGUCAUCUUUGCGGUAAAAACACCAAGCGUCUUCUUUAUCAUUGCAGAGAUUGUAAACUCAAUGUGGAUAUCGAUUGCAUUAUUGAUCCCAUGUGUGCCCAAGCCGAUCUGAAUAUGCCGUGGCACCACCACCCUCUAUUCAUGGGUAAUUUUGCGACUAAUAUGACUUGCGAUGUUUGUUAUGACAACCACGUAGAUGGCUAUAUCUGUCUUUGCUGUCGGUUGUUCGUUGGGUGGGUAUGCGCUGCCCUAGUAAUUGACUCACCAGAGAUCACUCAUCCUUGUCACACCAAACACCCUCUCAAGCUUCUCACCGAAGGAGCACCCACUUACACUGAUCCAAAAUGUCAUCUAUGCGGAGAAGACACUGGAAAAUUCAUCUAUCAUUGUGAUAUCUGUAAGUUCAAUUUGGAUUUGGUAUGCGCAAAAACAAAAACCCCACCAGUUGCUCUUUCAAAUCUCAAGGUACAUGAGCAUACACUCAAUCUUAUGCCAAGAUUGAUCUCCUUCGUUUGUGAUGCUUGUGGGACAAAAGGUGAUCGGGCUCCUUAUGUGUGUCAUCAAUGUGAUUUCAUGGUUCACAAAAAGUGUGCUCAUUUACCACGUGUUAUUAACGUCAAUCACCAUGACCACCGCGUUUCGUUCAAGUAUCCUCUUGGUCUUGGAGAAUGGCGAUGUGGAGUUUGUUUUGAAGAGAUUGAUUGGUCAUGUGGUGCUUAUUCUUGUUCUCUUUGUCCUCAAUAUGCUAUUCAUUCACUAUGUGCAACAAGGAAAGACGUAUGGAAUGGGAAAGAGCUCGAUGGAGUACCUGAAGAAGUUGAAGAUAUCGAGCCAUUCAAGAGGAAUGAUGACAACACAAUCACUCAUUUCGCUCAUGAGCAUAACCUCAUGAGCCUCAGCAAAGACGGAGAAGAAAGUAGCUUGUGUGGAGCAUGUGUUCUUCCCAUUGGUUCUUACACAUUCUACAAGUGUUCAAAAUCAAAUUGCAGCUUCAUUCUCCAUGAAAAGUGUGCUAAUAUUUCUAAGAAGAAACGACAUUUUCUGAGCUCAGAACCUCUCAUUCUUUGCUUCGAAAGCAUUAUCGACGAUGACUUUUUAUGCAGAGCUUGUUAUCAAAUGUUUUGUGAAGGAUUCUUCUACUCUUCUAAAGGUGUGAACUUUGACUUAAUAUGCAGUUCGAUUACAAUGCCUUUUAUCCAUGGAAGUCACGAUCAUCACUUACUCUACGUAAAACAAGAAGAAGGUAACAAGAAAACUUGCCACAACUGCGACAACGAACGUGCUAAAGUCCUCCUAGGUUGUAUCAAAUGCAAUUACUUUUUGGAUUUCCGUUGUGCUACUAUGCCAUUAACAAUAAUGCUUCCAAGGUACGAUGAUCAUCCACUCACUCUUUGCUAUGGUGAAGAAAAGGCAAGCGGCAAAUAUUGGUGUGAUAUUUGCGAAAGAGAAACAAAUCCAGAGACUUGGUUCUACACUUGUAACGAUUGCGGUGUCACAUUGCAUACAUUUUGUGUACUUGGAGAUAUCAGAAAUGCCAAAGCAGGAGGAAGUUUCAGACACCAUGGUGAACUUGAAUUGCUACCUAACAAUAGAUCUACACGACCACUUUGCAACAGUUGUCAUAGUCGUUGCCCAGGUUCAUUCAUUAUGAAGAGUUAUGACGGCGGGGAAGUUUAUUGUUCUUGUUAUUGUGUCUCAUCUCAGCUUGGGUAUACAUACAAGGGUGCUGAUACAUGCCCUCCAUGGGCAAUAUAUGAGCUUGAAUUGAUUGUUGUUAUUCACGUCAAUUAUUUGUCUACCUAUAUUCUACAUUAUUUGACAGCUAUAAAAUGA